CCGGCGAAGUCCGUUCAGUGUCAUUCGUCGGCCUUAAACAAUUCCAACAGCUUCACCUUCUCGAGCUGCCGUAUCGAUCAGUCAUGCCAAACUCUUCAAACCGAAUUAUCGUACUGCUUGUCAUGAUUUUCGCCGUUCUCUUUACAACAUCUACAACUGAUGCCGAACGAAAUAUUGGUGUGUGCAUACGAAACUGCGCGCAAUGCCAAAAAAUGUUCGGAACGUAUUUCAUGGGACAGAAAUGCGCGGACUUUUGCGUAAAGUACAAGGGAAAGCUCAUCCCGGACUGCGAGGACGAGUUCUCCAUUCGUCCUUUCCUACAAGAGCCCGAGAACGAUUAUUAAUCUUCAGAAUCGAUAGAAACUCCUCGACUCUCUGUCUCUCCUUUUCUCUCUCUUCUAUUUUCACUCUUGCGUUAUAAUAUUAAACCGUGCAAGUUGUAUACGUACAGGAAAAUGCGAAUUUUGACAUAAAUUAUUUUUGCCACACGCUAGAAUAUGUCACAACUGAUAAUGUGUGUGCAGAUUUACAAUUUUCAUCACAAAAGCUGUGAAGACGCGCUAUUGUGAUUAAAUAUAAUUCGAAAAGUAUGAGGAAAAAAUAUAAAUUAAUUCUAAGAUUUAAAUAUUUCGAUUUUUAAUAUUUCAAGAUACUUAAAAAAUCAAUAAUGAUAAAUUAAAUGGAAUAAUUGUAUGAAGAUAUCAAUUAGCUAAUUUUAAAUACUUGAUUCAUUAAUCAUAAAACAAUGAAUGUUAGUCAAGGCCAAGUUUUCAAUUAUAUAAAUCUUUCACUAUUAUAAAAUACCUGACUUUUUUCUAAAAACUUGUUUUUAGCAGUUUUUGCAUUGUGUUAGCGUAAUUGAAUUGCCACUGCAAUAAAAUUAUUUACUCGAAACAAUUUUUUCAUGAAGAUUCUAUCAAAUCAAACAAUAAAUCACAAGUCUCAAUACAAUCAAAUUCAAUGUAAUCUUGCACAUUGCACUGCUAUUGUUUAGAAGUCUAGUAACUUGAUUUGAAAAUUCAAAUAUAAUAUAUCAAGCUAUACAUUUAAAUAUAUUUUUGUUAACAUAUUUAUAGUGAAUUUUUAGUUGGACCAAUGCAUAUUAAAAACUGUUGUAAUGAAAUUAUUUAAAUGAGAAGCAUAAACACUGCGUCUGACAAGUUCCAGUAUGUGUGCCAAACUGCCAAAUAAUGUGCAUUAGUGUCCACAAAUUAUAGAGAUAUUAAAAAUAUUUAUAUUACAUAUAUAUAUUUCUCUUGACACAUCAGAUUUUAAGUUAGUACGUAAAUACCCCGCUAAGUGAUAUUGUCUGAAGAAAAUAUUCAAUUUAACUAAAAACAUUCAGUUAAAAUAACUGGCAAUUGUGUUCGAAAAAUUAUAAGUGAGAUCAGAAAAUUGAGUGAAACCAGGGUUGGGUAUUUAAGAGUUAAAUAUAAAUAAUCUGCAUUAUUUACAAUGUAAAUUAUACAUAUAAACUGUGUUUUACGUGUCUUUUAUGUAAAUUGCAAAUAAUAAUUUAUACAUCAUUAAAGAUUCAGAAAUAGUGAAAAUUGUAUUCUGCAUUUUACAAUUUCAAAUAUUACAAAUAUAUUUCAUAUUUUUUAUCAAUAUUAAAAUCAAAUAUAUUAACAAUCUUAUAACUUGAUUUUUUUUUUUUCUGUAUCAUGUUAUCCAAUUUCUAAUUUAUAUUACUUGUAUUGACUACAAUUCAUGAAAACAUAACAUAACAUAAACAACACGAAAAUAAUUCAUCGUAAUCUUGAAAUGUACGACACAACCCUGGUGCGGAAAAACUACGAAUCAAACAAAAUCAUCGAUCGGAAAACUACGAUAUGUAGCUCACCGUGUCGGUAAUAUCGCAACAGCAUAAGUGCUUUAGCUCAUGUUCUAACCAUACAUAAAAUUCUCUUGCGUAACCGAGAAUUGCGGCAUCUUUGAUACAACGAGAAUGCAAGGUGAUCAGUACAAAGCUGUGUUCAGAAACAUCGCCUGGGUGUACACGGUGUACACCCAGACAUCAUUUUAUCCUUGUCUACUAUUCAGUAAACAAGGUUAAAAUGAUAUCUCUGAAUGCAGCCCAGAUUAUAGAAUGACAUACCUGAGUGGCGACAAUCGUGUAUGAUCGAGCUUUUGUUGCACCAUUUCGACGAGCAAACGACGGCGUCAGGUGUACGAGGAUUUCGAUCUAUUCUGGGUCAUUGGUGCAACGGCGAAUCGUCGAGAUCGAGGCGAC